AUGCCAUUCUCAAUACCCCACCACCCCAUCCUGGAUGCUAUACUUUCCUCUUUCUCUUCCUUAACUACCAUGCCAUCCCCAAACCCCUCGAAUACUACCGAUCCACCCCUCAACGAUCCAGAUACCCCCGACGACCAUCCCAAUCCAGACCGAGACUGGACGCUCGUGAUUAAUUCAGACUCCGACAAUGACUACGAUUCCAACGAAGACACCACCACCACCACCACCACCACCACCACCACCACCACCACCACGAGCAGUCAAGACCCUCACCCGCAAUGUGAUAUAAUAAUCCUCCGAAUCCCAUCCACCUCGGGGGUAUUUAUCUUUGACACGGGUGUAGAUGAUCCAUUCUCUCAUGAUGUGGAGGGGAGGAUGGAAUGGCCGAUGUCUCCACCGGAAUUAGAUCCCGACGUGAGAAUCGAUGGAGAUGUCACUCCUCAUGAGAUAGAAGAAAGCCGGAAUGGUUCUUUCGAACUGAACAAUCCGAACACGGGAUUCGGGGUGGAUUUACACUAUCCGGAUGGACCCCUCAAUCAAGGGGGCGAAGGUGAAGAAUGGAGACCAUCAUCGACAUCGGAUCCCACUUUGGAUGUUUCUUCAGAGGUGGAGGUGGGAAACUCGGGGUAUUCGUCCAUGAGCAGCUCGCUUUUGGAGUUUGCUAUGUGGCGGGAUUCGGCACCGAUGCCGGAGUAUAUUCCUGAUGGGGAGUCGGAUUUGAUGGAUGGUAGUUGGGGUGGGGAGAUGAGUGUGGAUGAGGAUGGGGAUAGUGAUCUGGAGAGUUUUUAUUCUUGUGAGGGGGGGGUCAGUGAGGUGUGCGGAGAUUUAGUGAUGCUGGAUACGGUAUAUGAGAUGGAUAUGUGA